UGUAAGACCGUCAGCAUUUUUUGCCAAAAAAGAAAAAAAAAAAGAUCCCACCAUCAUUGAAAUAGAAAAUUCAUAUCAGUGUGGACAUGGGUAAACCAGGAAUAAUGCUGCUUCAUCAGAAUUUUCUGAUCAUCCUUGUGUUGUCUGGGAUGGUAUUGAGUGGGCUCAUUUACCUGAACAUUAACUGGUACAGCUGCAGUCACCAGAUAACAGAACAAGGCUUCAUCAAGCCAAAAUGGAAGCAAAAGACUGUUGGAUUGCGUUCAUCACCAGGGUUGGUGUACAACCAGCCGAGUGCGUUGGUAGGUCGGACAGAUGUUGCUUCUGUGACACCAUGGUCAGCUCCAAUCAUUUGGGAGGGAACCUUUGACCCCACACUGAUCGACUCUAUCUACAAACAACAGAAUCUCACCAUAGCAACUACUGUCUUCGCUUUGGGAAAAUACACACGUUUCAUCAAAGAUUUUCUGGAGUCAGCAGAGCAGCAUUACCUUGUUGGAUUUCGAGUGCAUUACUACUUGUUUACAGAUCAACCAGAAUCAGUUCCUGAGGUGAAGAUGGGUGAAAACCGCAGUUUGACGGUUCUAACGGUUCAGAGUUUGAACAGAUGGCAGGACAUCAGUAUGAACAGGAUGGAAAAACUUGAAAAACUAAUAGAGAACGAACUGGUCCGUGAGGCCGACUAUAUUUUCUGCCUUGACAUAGAUGGAAAGUUCUAUGGCCGGUGGGGUGCGGAGUCUUUGGGUCGUCUGGUAGGUGUGAUACAUCCUUGGUUCUAUAAUUUUCAGAGGAAUCAAUUCACAUAUGAGCGUAGACCAGAGUCUCUAGCAUACAUUCCAGCUGGGGAAGGUGAUUAUUAUUAUGCUGGUGCUGCAUUUGGUGGCACUUUGGAGGAUGUACUUAAUCUCACCAAAACCUGCAGGGAGCAUCUGAACAUUGAUGCUGCAAACUCCAUUGAGGCGUUAUGGCAAGAGGAGUCUCACUUGAACAAGUAUUUCCUUUUGAACAAACCUAGUAAACUGCUCUCUCCUGAAUAUAUGUGGCGAGGUAUCAAUAUAGGUGCAGCCCAAAUAAAAAUAGUUCGCUUAGCUAAUGUACCUAAAAACUAUGCUGAAGUUCGUCCAAACCCAUAACAACUGUUGCCAGUAUUCAGCUACACUGACAUGGGCCCUGUCCCAAAUAGCACACUUUAUGUGCACUUAAAAGCCAACAAAUAUGUCUGAGAAAAGGAGAUUGUGUAGAUCAUUGUUUGAAAUUUUUGAAAGUAGAGAUUUUAGGAUAAAAUUUCAUGUAAUAUGUUGCUGGUACAUGUGUCUCAUUAUGUAAGAAUUCAGAGUAGGUCUAAGAAAAAGGAUUUAACAUAUUGUAUACAAUAAAUAAAUAUAUUUAAAUAUAUAUACAAUAAAUAUAUUUAAACCGACAGCUUCCUUUGCAGCAAUAUCAUUUUAUUAAUUUCCUAGACCAAUAUGACCUGAAAUCAAGCAGAAGGUAAUAUUAAGAACUGACUCUGUAAAAGGUCUGUUACAG